AUGGACAAACUAAGAUUUAUAGUUUUAGAUGCAUCAUAUCCUCUAUUCUUGCCACUUCCAUUUUUCCUGACAACCGUGAAUAAAAAUGAUGCCGAAUUUGUUCAAGCCAUUCAUACAGAAGUUGGAACUUUUGGUCAACCAUUUUCCUUAGGUCAUGUUGACUUUUGGCCAAAUGGUGGACGUGCACAGCCAGGAUGUUCAAAUGGAUUAUUAAUAUUUCCAUUUAGUGAUGCAGAUAUUUGUGGACAUCGAAGAUCAUGGCGUUUUUGGGCAGAAAGUGUUGCUAAUUUAAAUAAUAGUGAACCAACAUUUUUAGGAUUUCCUGCAUUUUCCUAUUUAACGUUUUUAUUGGAUGGUGAAGAUAAUUUAGAAAAGAAAACAGUUGAAAUGGGAAUUAAUUGUCCAAUGAGUGCCAAAGGAAAUUAUUAUCUCAAAACAAACAGUAGAUCUCCAUUUGCAAAGGGGAAGGAUGGAUAUUAA